AUGGGAACACCUUGUGCCCAUUUGGAUGAACCCUUCACCAUCAGCGAUGUGCGACGUGCCCUGCACGAACUUAAUGGCCGAUCGGCACCGGGUCCAGAUAAGGUCACCAACAAAGCGCUUCGGAAUUUGGAAGAUGACUCUGUUGAAUUUCUUACUGAUGAGAUUAAUAGGAUUUGGAAGGGAGGUGACAUCCCGGAACAAUGGAAGUUGGCCAAGGUGAUCCUCAUUCCCAAGCCCGUUCCCACGUUGAGUGCAUAUAGGCUGAGCAGGCUGGGCGUUUGUAAUGCCAGCUCUUGCUGGUUUGUGAACUCUGGAACCUCCGAAAUGCCGAUUCGCCGGCCUGAUCAAGACGCCUGCGCUAGGGGUUGCAACACAUCUACGGUAUGCGUCAUCCCAGGAGACAUUUCGAAGGAAAAUGAUGUCGCCAACGUAGUCGAGGCAACAGUCAAACACUUCGGGAAAAUUGAUAUUCUUAUUAACAACGCUGGAUUAUUUAUGGAAGGGACCACGGAUACUGCAACGCUCGACCAAUUUGAUAAUCUUUGGAAUGUGAACGUUCGCGGUACACUCUGUAUGAUGCGGAAUGCCCUGCCUCAUUUGCGUCGCUGCAAAGGUACCAUUGUCAAUAUUUCCAGUGUGGCAUCAACCGUGACGGUUCGCAACCUUACCGCCUACAGCAUAACGAAAGCUGCCCUGGACAAACUGACAAGAAUGACAGCUUUUGAGAAUGCGUCGUACGGUGUACGGGUGAACGCAAUCAACCCCGGUGUGAUCAAGACUACGUUUGGAAUGAAUCCCGAAAACAACGUGCAGGAGCACCUAAAGAGUCUGGAGGAGAUGGCCGGUGGAGCGCACGCACUUGGUCGAAUCGGCAGGCCAGAAGAGGUUGCUCGCUGUAUAGCAUUUCUGGCCUCUGAAGAAGCUUCUUUCGUCACGGGAAUCACGAUGCCAGUUGACGGCGGCUUGAGUCUCCUGUCCACUUUUACAGGCCCCAAUCCAUGGCAUAAGUGAUAAGAAAUGAGCGCGAUAACAUAGUUCGAAAUGUUUUCAGGAUAAUUGGUGCGAAACCGCGAAAAAUUAUUGCCAAAAAGUAAAAUUAGAAAGAAGAUUUCUCCAGCAA